AUGCCGUGGCCCUUGAGCAUCACCCUCCCUGCCACCGCGGCGACGAUGGCCUACCUGAACGCAAGAUGGUCACUGUUCUACGAUUUCAACCUAAUCGGCUCCCUGCUCAAGAUCAAAAUGAGAUCGGGUGCUGCCGAGCGUGGCGAUCGCCUCAACCUCUUCUACGUCCUGGAAACCCAUGCGCUCGCGUCGACCACGGCCGACCUCCCGUUUAUCGUGUAUAACGGUCGCUCCUGGACAUUUCACGAAACGUAUAUCAUGGCCCUGCGCUAUGGAGCUUGGUUCAAAAAGGUGCACGGGGUGCGGCGCAAGGAGAUCGUCGCCAUCGACUUUAUGAACUCGGACACGUUCCUGUUCAUGGUUGUCGGGCUCUGGAGUAUCGGCGCCGUCCCGGCCUUCAUCAACUAUAAUCUGGCCGGCAAGCCGCUGAUCCACUCGGUCCGCACAUCUACAGCGAGACUGCUGGUGGUGGAUGAGGAUGUCCGGAACUGCUUCCCGCCGGAGCAGCUGAAGACCUUUGCUUCCUCCGACUUCCGUGACGGAAAGGGUCCUGUCCAGGUCUUGUUCUUUACCCCGGAGGUGGAAGCGCAAAUUAUGGAGAUGGAGCCCGUGCGCGAGGACGACAAGGUGCGCAGUGGGCUGAUGGCCCGGGACAUGGCCCUGUUGAUCUACACCAGCGGUACCACGGGCCUUCCCAAACCGGCCAUUGUCAGCUGGAGGAAAUGCUGGACUGGAAGUGUGUUCACUGGGAACUGGAUGAACAUUGGCCCAUCUGAUCGAUUUUUCACGUGCAUGCCUCUAUACCAUUCAUCUGCAUCUGUCCUCGGAUUUGUGACAUGCCUGAUGAAUGGAGCUACCUUGAUCCUAGGCCGCAAAUUCUCUGCGCGUGGCUUCAUGAAAGAGGCGCGUGAGAACGAUGCGACGAUCAUCCAGUAUGUUGGCGAGACCCUUCGGUAUAUCCUGGGUGCACCGCCUGAGAUCGACCCUGUCACCGGCGAAGACUUGGACAAGAAGCAUCAAAUUCGGUUGGCAUUCGGCAACGGCCUUCGCCCAGACAUCUGGAAUCGGUUCAAGGAUCGAUUCAACAUUCCCACGAUCGCCGAGUUCUAUGCCGCCACGGAAGGCACCACUGGCGCGUGGAAUAUCUCAUCCAAUGAUUUCGCCGCGGGCGCCAUUGGCCGCAACGGUGCGAUUGGAAAUUUCAUUCUCGGUCGCGGCUCGGCCAUUGUGGAAGUAGAUAUGGAGACCCAGGAACCGUGGCGCGACCCCAAGACGGGUCUGUGCAAGCGCGUUCCUCGCGGCGAUCCAGGGGAGCUGCUGUUUGCCAUCGAUGCCACCGACCCGGCCGAGACCUUCCAGGGCUACUUCCAAAACCCGAAGGCUACGGAAAGUAAGAUCCUGCGGGACGUGCUCAAGAAGGGCGACGCCUUCUUCCGAACGGGCGAUAUGGUCCGCUGGGACAAAGAUGGCCGCUGGUUCUUCUCGGAUCGUCUGGGCGAUACCUUCCGAUGGAAGAGCGAGAAUGUGUCUACCAACGAAGUCGCCGAAGUCCUCGGUGCUCAUCCAGAGGUGCAUGAGGCCAAUGUCUACGGCGUCGCUCUCCCCAACCACGAUGGCCGCGCCGGAUGCGCGGCCAUCGUAUUCAACCAGCAGAUUCUGAACGGCAAAGUAGACGGUCCUGCGCUAGAGCCUUCGCAUGACACACUGAACAGUCUGGCCGCACACGUUCUCAAGAACCUGCCCCGUUUCGCGGCGCCGCUCUUCCUGCGCGUCACACCGGAGAUGCAGGCAACGGGCAACAACAAGCAGCAGAAGCAUGUUCUGCGCACGGAGGGCGUGGACCCGGCGCUGGUCACAAAGAACGAUCGCCUGUACUGGCUUCAGGGCACCUCCUAUGUGCCGUUUGAGGAGAAGGAUUGGGUUCGGCUGACUGGUGGCCAGGUCCGAUUGUAG